CAGCAUUUGCCAGAAGCAGCAGAAAGAAGUUUGAACCCGUGAUCCCGGGAAUGGUAAAAGCGCGGGAGAAGCGUUCAACACCACCCCACUAAACUUAGCAACGAGAUCAAGAAGCUUCACACGUACUUUCCACAAAACAAAAGAUAACAAAGUAGCUUAGCUUCAACCUUACGACCGAGCGUAAAGAAAUCACACGUCAACUAUCACUCGCGCGCGCCACCGCCACCUCCGCACCCACCAACCGACGACGGGAGCUCCCGCGGCCAGAUCCACCCGCAACCAUCCAAUCCGGCAAGGCGCACACAGCGAUGGAAGUGAAGCUGCACGCGGCGCGGACGCUGGUGGGCCGGCUGCGGGGCGCGGCGGCGGUGCGGGACGCGGGCGCCACGGCGGCGGCCGUGGCCGAGCUGCGCCGCGCCUCCAAGGACGACCCGGAGGUGCGCGCGCCGCUGGCGGACGCGGGGGCGGUCCCGUUCCUCGCGUCGCAGCUCACGGCGCCCUCCACGUCCGCCGCCGCCGAGGACGCGGCCGCCGCGCUGCUCAACAUCUCCCUCUCCGCGCGGGAGCAGCUCAUGUCGGCCCCGGGGAUCCUCGACGCGCUCGCCCGGGCCAUCCGGGCCGAGGACUACGCGGCGGCGCACCACGCCGCCGCCGUCGUCGCCAGCCUGCUCUGCGUCGACGCCUACCGCCCCAUCGUCGGCGCCAAGCGGGCGCUGCUCUCCGCGCUCGUCUCGCUGCUCCUCCCCUCCAAGGCCCGCGGCACGCGCGCCACCAAGGACGCCCUCAAGGCGCUCUUCGGCGUCGCGCUCUACCCGCUCAACCGGGCGGCGCUGGUGGAGCUUGGCGUCGUGCGGGCGCUCUUCGGGCUCGUGAUGACGGACGGGCGCGCGGGCAUCGUCGAGGACGCCACCGCCGUCGUCGCGCAGGUGGCCGGCUGCGCCGAGAGCCUCGACGCGUUCGCCGCGGUGUCCGGGGUGCGGAUCCUCGCGGACCUCGUCGAGCCCGGGGGCGCCGCCACGGGGCGGGCCAGGGAGAACGCGGCCGCCGCCCUGCUCAACCUCGUCAUGGCCGGCGGCGAGCGGGCCGUGGCGGAGGUGCUGGACGUGGGCGGCGCCGAGGAGGCCGUUAGGGAGCUGGCGGAGGACGGCGAGGCCAGCCCAAGGGGGAAGGCCAAGGCGGAGGCGCUGCUGAGGGCGCUGGAGGAGGGCGCCGCCGGCGCCAGGCGGCGGCAUGAGCACCGGUUCGCGGAUUUCCUCAACGGGCUCGUGGUGUCCGACCCCUACUUCUCGUCGCCGGCGUCGGCCACCACGCACGACGACGCGUCACGUGUUACGCUUGGCUGACCCUGCACGUACGUGUUGGUGGUCAGCUGAUGUAAAUACUACUAUAGUAGUGUGUACACUAAUGGUAAUUCGAGGAGAUUCUUCUGUACUUCCGCAGGAAAUUUGAGAAACUGAUUUCGAAUUAUUGUUUCGUUCAAAUUUCAUAUUCUUUGGCCAGCAAAUUGCAGGAGAACUUGAUUUGUAAACCGGACUAUUGUUUGUUUUGUGUGUAGGAGAGGAGUUUA